AUGUCUUCCAAAUUGAUUGUUGUGAUUGGGGCGACAGGUACACAAGGUGGCUCGGUCGUUGAAACUUUCCGCAACGACCCAUCCUGGACAGUUCGAGCAGUUACUCGAAGUACAUCAUCCGAGAAGGCCAGGGCUUUGCGGGCACAAGGAGUUUCAACGGUGGCUGCCGACCUAGGUGAUCCAUCAUCAUUGGAUGCUGCUUUCGAGGGUGCCAGUGUCAUCUUCAGUGUCACCAAUUUCUGGGGUAUCCAUUUUGAUCCAGAGCACCAAGCAAAGGCGAAGACAGGACAGAGGUUGAUUGAUCUGUCGUAUGAAGUGGAAGUCCAACAGGGAAAGAAUGUCUUCGAUGCAGCAGCGAAAGUAAAGACACUUGACAGACUCAUCUUCUCCGGUCUCUCGCACGCAGCUAAAUGGUCCAAGGGAAAAUACAAGCACGUCCUGCAUUACGACUCCAAGGCUGUUGCUGCUGAGUAUGGGCAAGAAACAUACCCAGAGCUUUGGAACAAGACCAGUGUCAUCCAGAUCGGGUUUUACCUCGAGAAUUUUCUCAAGAGUCCUGUCCAAUUCAACCGGAGAGACAAGGACGGUGUGGUUAAGUUCCUUGGGUUCCUCGGGGGCGAGACUCUGCUCCCCUUGAUAGCUACCAGCAAGGACACUGGUCCGUUGACGAAAGCACUUGUGGAAGCAGAAAGUGGGAAGAAUCUGAUAGCCUACCGCGGGUUGAUCACUUACGAUGAAUUCAUCGGACUUUGGAGUCGAACCCUGGAUAUUCCAGCUGAGAGAGAUACCCAACCCGACAUUUCGGAUCUACCCCCGUUCCUUCCGAUAGAAGAGCUGCUGGAAGGCUUCGGCUACAUGGCAGAUUUUGGCUAUGAGGCAUGGGAAGAUACCACGGUGGUCCACCCCAAAAAUCUUGGGGUACCCAUUGAGCUCGGAAGCGUUGAGGAUUGGAUCAAGCAACAGGAUUGGUCUUUCUUGAAAUAG